GUCCAAAUACAGGCAAAGGUUUUUUUUGCUAUUUGUUUUGUUUGCUCUGCCUGGAGUGAAGCUGGAUGUGGAAUUUAGCCCACCUCUCCUGAGCAAUUUGGUGAUCUUAGUCUCCAGGUACCAGACAGGUUGUCCCAGUUCUUACACCCAUCCCCGCACUUCUGAUGUGCUGGAGGAGGGCAAAGGGAGUCACUUAGAUGCUUAAAUCUUUAAUGGCAUGGUUUCACAGAACAACGGUGGAGCCACAAGCUCGGGGUCGAGGCACAAGGGGAAAUCUGCACCCUCAAAGAUGAAGUGGAUACUAAGAUUUGCAGCUGUCCCAUCAGGGAUGUCUGAGACUCUCCAGAUGCUCAGUAUACCUCACUCUGAUGACCUGGCGUUACGCGGUGCAUCUUGGGAAUUAUAGUUUUCUGGUCUGUGGGUGCGGUCAUCUGUGCACCUUGGAGGGUGGUAAACGCCACCCUCUUGCCUGGGGCUCCAGUCUUCUCUGAGUUCUACCCCAGGCUCUCAGGAUUGGUGGGGGCGGGCUCAUGCACGUGGAUGUACGUGGAUUGGGCCUGUGUGUCGUGGGCGGAGUCGCGCAUGCUCAUUUGGGCGGUGGGCCUGGACCGUAUCAAGAUGUCGACCAUGACGGUUCCGGAGCUGAAGCAGAUCAGCCGGGAGGAAGCAAUGCGCUUGGGACCCGGCUGGAGCCACUCUUGCCACGCCAUGUUGUAUGCCGCCAACCCCGGGCAGCUCUUCGGUCGUAUUCCCAUGCGGUUCUCAGUGCUGUGCAGAUGCGCUUGGGGGCGGACUGGGCUGCUGGGCUUCCCCGGGGGUUUUGUGGACCGGCGCUUCUGGUCACUGGAGGAUGGCUUGAACCGUGUGCUGGCCUGGGCCUGGGCGGCUGCGCCUUACCGAACUGAUUACCUGAGCUCACACCUGACUGAGGGUCCACAACGCGUGGUGGCACAUCUGUAUGCACGGCAGCUGACACUGGAGCAGCUGCAUGCUGUGGAGAUUAGCGCUGUGCACUCGCGGGACCGAUGGUCCUGGAGGUUGCUGGGCCUUGUACGUGGUCCCACUGUACACCCAGAGGAUCGAGUAGGAGGCUUUCCUAACUUCCUGAGCAAUGCCUUCGUCAGCACUGCCAAGUACCAACUCCUAUUUGCCCUUAAGGUACUCAACAUGAUGCCCUCGGAAAAGCGCGAGGCCUUAGCCUCGGCCACAGAGAAACAGAAGAAGGCCCUAGAAAAAGCUGCUCCCGGGGGCCUCAUCCUGAGGAGGUUCCUGUGUGGGUUCUUGCCCCUCCCUUGGCUGUCUCUGCCUACAGGCCCUGGAAUUCCCGAGAAGUGUGCCUUCUAGCGUGUUUGGCUUUGGCACCCCUUCAUGACUGCAAGGGACAAGCAAGGCAGCUGUUCAUCUUUACUGUCCCAAGCAGUCCCUGGGGACCUAACU